CGGGCUGGCGGCGGGGCGGCGGCCUCUGAGCAGUCUAGAGGGCUCCGGGGCUGAGUGCGCGUGGACGCCGGCCGCGGCGGCGGCACUAUGGGCACGGGGUAGAGGCGAGCUGCCGCCGCCACCGGGGUGGUGGGAGAGCCUCUUCGGGGGAGGGGGCGGGAGGGGAGGGAGGGGAGGGCAGCGGCGAGGCUGCCGCACUUCGGCCAGUUUGCUCGGGUGCCGCAGCGGCGACCCUUCGGCGUGGAUGUCCCUGGUCCCUGGAGCGACGACGGCCUCCGCCUGAGCUGGAAAGAGGAAUGCCCGCCCCUGAACAGGCCUCACUGGUGGAGGAGGGGCAACCACAGACCCACCAGGAAGCUGUCUCCACUGGCCCAGGCAUGGAACCCGAGACCACAGCCACCACUAUUCUAGCUUCCGUGAAGGAGCAGGUGUUUACAUCCCUGAGUACAUUGGGAUGACUGGCAUGGAGAGCUGCUCCAGCUGCCAGUCAGAGCCGGAACAUGCAGGAUACUUGUGCGUCUGCAAGAGCUUCAGUUUCAACGACUCACCCGAGAACUGGAAGUGGAAAGGCAGAUUGUUGCCAGUCAGCUAGAAAGAUGUAGGCUUGGAGCAGAAUCGCCAAGCAUCGCCAGCACCAGCUCAACUGAAAAGUCAUUUCCUUGGAGAUCAACAGAUGUGCCAAAUCCUGGUGUAAGCAAACCUAGAGUUUCUGACACUAUUCAUCCCAACAACUAUCUCAUCAGGACAGAGCCAGAGCAGGGGACCCUCUACUCACCAGAACAGACUUCUCUCCAUGAAAGUGAGGGAUCGUUGGGAAACUCAAGAAGUUCAACACAGAUGAAUUCUUACUCUGACAGUGGGUACCAGGAAGCAGGGAGUUUCCACAACAGCCAAACCGUGAACAAGGCAGACAGCAGACAACAUCCAUUCACGGGAUCAACAAGUAACCAUGUGGUGAGGACUUCGAGAGCGGAAGGACAAACACUGGUUCAGCCAUCAGUAGCCAAUCGGGCCAUGCGGAGAGUUAGUUCAGUUCCAUCUAGAGCACAGUCUCCUUCUUAUGUUACCAGCACAGGCGUGUCUCCUUCAAGGGGGUCACUGAGAACUUCUCUGGGUAGUGGAUUUGGCUCUCCAUCAGUGACGGACUCCCGACCUCUGAACCCCAGUGCUUACUGCUCCAGCACGCUCCCUGCGCAGCGGGCCGCCUCUCCAUACUCACAGAGACCCGCCUCCCCAACAGCCGUGCGCCGGGUCGGGUCUGUCACCUCCCGGCAGACCUCCAAUCCCAACGGACCAGUCCCUCAGUACCAGACCACCACCAGGGUGGGGUCCCCACUGACCCUGACUGAUGCCCAGACUCGUGUAGCUUCCCCAUCCCAAGGCCAGGUGGGGUCAUCGUCCCCGAAACGCUCUGGGAUGACCGCCGUACCACAGCACCUGGGACCUUCACUGCAGAGGACUGUUCAUGACAUGGACCAAUUCGGACAGCAGCAGUAUGACAUUUAUGAGAGGAUGGUUCCACCUCGGCCAGACAGCCUGACAGGCUUACGGAGUUCCUAUGCCAGUCAGCAUAGUCAGCUUGGGCAAGACCUCCGUUCAGCUGUGUCUCCUGACUUGCACAUCACUCCUAUAUAUGAAGGGAGGACCUACUACAGUCCAGUGUACCGCAGCCCAAAUCACGGGACCGUGGAACUCCAGGGAUCACAGACAGCAUUGUAUCGCACAGGCUCAGUAGGUAUUGGAAAUCUACAAAGGACAUCCAGCCAGCGAAGCACCCUUACAUACCAAAGAAAUAACUAUGCCCUGAACACAGCAGCUACCUACGCGGAGCCCUACAGGCCAGUUCAGUACCGAGUCCAAGAGUGCAGCUAUAACAGGCUGCAGCACACAGGGCCAGCUGAUGACGGUGCCACACGAUCCCCAUCAAUAGACAGCAUUCAGAAGGACCCCAGGGAGUUUGCCUGGCGCGACCCUGAGCUGCCAGAAGUCAUUCACAUGCUGCAGCACCAGUUCCCAUCUGUCCAGGCAAAUGCCGCAGCCUACCUGCAGCAUCUGUGCUUUGGCGACAACAAAGUAAAGAUGGAGGUGUACAGGCUAGGGGGAAUCAAGCAUCUGGUCGACCUGUUGGACCACAGGGUGUUGGAAGUUCAGAAGAAUGCUUGUGGCGCCCUUCGAAACCUUGUGUUUGGCAAGUCGACAGAUGAAAAUAAAAUAGCAAUGAAGAACGUUGGUGGAAUCCCUGCCUUGCUGCGACUGUUAAGAAAAUCCAUUGAUGCAGAAGUAAGGGAGCUUGUUACAGGGGUUCUUUGGAAUCUAUCUUCAUGUGAUGCUGUAAAGAUGACAAUCAUUCGAGACGCUCUCCAAACCUUAACCAACACUGUGAUAGUUCCACAUUCUGGUUGGAAUAACUCUUCCUUUGAUGAUGAUCAUAAAAUUAAAUUUCAGACCUCACUGGUUCUUCGGAACACAACAGGUUGCCUGAGGAACCUCAGCUCUGCCGGGGAGGAAGCACGAAAACAAAUGCGCUCCUGCGAGGGGCUGGUGGACUCGCUGUUGUAUGUGAUCCACACGUGUGUGAACACUUCUGAUUACGACAGCAAGACAGUGGAGAACUGUGUGUGUACCCUGAGGAACCUGUCAUACCGGCUGGAGCUGGAAGUCCCUCAGGCCCGGCUGCUCGGACUGAAUGAACUAGAUGACUUACUAGGAAAAGAGUCUCCCAGCAAAGACUCGGAACCAAGCUGCUGGGGGAAGAAGAAGAAAAAGAAAAAGAGAACUCCACAAGAGGACCAAUGGGAUGGAGUCGGGCCUAUCCCUGGACUGUCCAAGUCCCCCAAGGGAGUCGAGAUGCUGUGGCAUCCGUCAGUGGUAAAGCCGUACCUGACUCUGUUAGCAGAAAGUUCCAACCCAGCCACCUUGGAAGGCUCUGCCGGAUCCCUGCAGAACCUCUCUGCUGGCAACUGGAAGUUUGCAGCAUACAUCCGGGCAGCUGUCCGGAAGGAAAAAGGGCUUCCUAUCCUUGUCGAGCUUCUAAGGAUGGAUAAUGACAGAGUUGUCUCUUCUGUGGCCACUGCCUUGAGGAACAUGGCGCUGGACGUUCGCAACAAGGAGCUCAUAGGUAAAUACGCCAUGCGAGACCUGGUGAACAGGCUUCCAGGUGGCAACGGCCCCAGCAUCCUGUCGGAUGAGACUGUGGCAGCCAUCUGCUGUGCUCUGCACGAGGUCACCAGCAAAAACAUGGAGAAUGCCAAAGCUCUGGCCGACUCGGGAGGUAUAGAGAAGCUGGUGAACAUAACCAAAGGCAGAGGAGACAGAUCCUCUCUGAAAGUGGUGAAGGCGGCAGCCCAGGUCUUGAAUACAUUAUGGCAGUACCGGGACCUCCGGAGCAUUUACAAAAAGGAUGGGUGGAAUCAGAACCAUUUUAUUACACCUGUGUCCACGCUAGAGCGAGACCGAUUCAAAUCACACCCUUCUCUGUCCACCACCAACCAACAGAUGUCGCCCAUCAUUCAGUCAGUUGGCAGCACCUCUUCCUCACCAGCACUGUUAGGAAUCAGAGAGCCUCGCUCUGAAUACGAUAGGACCCAGCCACCUAUGCAGUAUUACAAUAGCCAAGGGGACACCACACAUAAAGGCCUGUACCCUGGCUCCAGCAAACCUUCACCAAUAUACAUCAGUUCCUAUUCCUCACCAGCAAGAGAACAAAAUAGACGGCUACAGCAUCAGCAGCUGUACUAUCAAGACGACUCCACCAGGAAGACCUUGGAUGCAUACAGACUGUACCUGCAGUCUCCUCGCAGCUAUGAAGACCCUUAUUGUGAUGACCGAGUUCACUUCCCAGCUUCUACUGAUUACUCAACGCAGUACGGACUGAAAUCAACCACAAAUUAUGUAGACUUUUAUUCCACUAAACGACCUUCUUAUAGAGCCGAACAGUACCCUGGGUCCCCGGACUCCUGGGUGUAGCAUCAAGACGGCUGCCUGCCGAGGGACGCUUUCCUUCUGACUCUGUUUGGAUUGAGGGGAAGUCCGUCUUGCUGAUGAUGGUGACCAUGAAAGUGAAAUGGAAGGAAUGAGUGAAGAGGUUUUGGUUUGUUUGUUUGUUUUUUCUUUUUUUGAGGAAUUUUCAGGGAAGUGAGGAAACCCUUGGGAGAGGACUUUGUACGCGCUGUGUAGGUGUUAGAUCUUAUUACUUGUAGAGUCUAGUGGUGAAGGUGUGGGUGACGUGCUGGGAGGCUUGAGACGUGGGUGAGAUGAGAUGGGUAUGUGUAGGUCAAAUCAAUUUACAGAUGAUUUUUUUAAUGUGAAUAAAGUUAUGUUCAGAUAGUUUGUACAGAAAAAAAAAUAAUAAAAUGGAUGCCCUUCAUGUUUUAUUGCUAUUACUAAAUGUCAAGAUUGUAUGCUAUUAUGUCUUGUAAAAAUUCCUUCUGUUGGUGUAAAUAUGGAAAUGCCACAUUGGUUAAGUGCCAUCAAUUGUAAUGCAGUGUGUCAUUUGAAAAGAGAUUUGAAGAACGGACAGCUUAAAACCCAAGCGGGAAACCCACCCGCCCGCCCGGGAACUGUUCACAGUUGACAACAAACUCCGACGCCCUCUGUUUUCAGUGAGUAGUGAACUCCGGAAGCACAAAGGCCAGCGUGACAGCAGCGCCAUGCUCAUCCCCCUCACAGGACACUUCACUGCCAUUUUCUAUGCACAUGGAAGAAUAAUAAAUGUGGAAAUUUCAUCCUGGA